AUGAAACUGCUGGCUGCCCUCGCUUCGGCGUUGGCAUGGGGUGUGAGCCUUGUCGAAGCCAAGGCCGUGUUUGCUCACUUCAUGGUGGGCAACACCAAGUCCCUUGGCUUGGUCGACUGGAGACAUGAGAUCAUGGCCGCCCAAGCUGCAGGCAUAGAUGCCUUUGUGCUGAACAUGGCCAGCAAGGACCCCACCAACAACAUUGCCCUGCCCAUGGCCUUCACCGCGGCCGAUGACAUGGGCUUCCAGCUACUCUUUUCAUUCGACUACGCCGGCAACGGCCCCUGGGACAAGUCUGUCGUCAUCGACAUGAUCAAGCAAUACGGCGCCAAAAACACCUACUUCAAGAACGCCGGGAAACCAUUCGUCUCAACCUUCGAGGGCCCCAAUAAUGCCGACGACUGGAAGGAUAUCAAGAAGGAGACCAACUGUUUCUUCAUGCCCGACUGGUCGUCAGUCGGUGCCCAGCCUGCCGUCCACCUGGGCGACGGCAUUGCCGACGGUCUCUUCAGCUGGGACGCCUGGCCGAAGGGGCCGGCCAACAUGACAACCUAUCCCGACGCCUCGUACUACGACUUUUUGGGUUCGAAGCCGUACAUGAUGCCUAUCUCUCCGUGGUUCUACACCAACCUGCCCGGCUACGAGAAGAACUGGCUGUGGCGCGGCGACGACAUGUGGUUCCAGCGCUGGCAGCAGGCCAUCUCCCUCGACCGCCAGCCCGACUUCAUCGAGAUUAUUUCGUGGAAUGACUACGGCGAGUCGCACUAUAUCGGCCCCCUGGACGACCGCCAGUACGAGGCUUUCGACAUCGGCCGUGCUCCUUUCAACUACGUCAAGGAUAAGCCCCACGACGGCUGGCGCGAGACGCUCCCGUACUACAUCUCCAUGUACAAGUCCGGAACCGCCACCGUCACGGAAGAGCGCCUCGUGGCAUGGUACCGAGUCAACAAGAACGGGGCCUGUUCCGACGGCGGCACCACCGGCAACACGGCGAACCAGCUGCAGUUCGAGUACUCGCCCAACCUCAUGAUGGAGGACAGGGUCUUUUACGAUGUGCUCCUCACGAGCAACGCCCACGUCCAAGUCAGCAUCGGCGGCGUGGCUCAGGCCGGCGGAUGGGACCAGGAACCCCACGGGGGCGUUGGUAGAGGGGGCACAACCAUUGCCACCAUCACGGGGGCGUCCAUCACCAGCAGCUGCAAUGGAGGCCUCAACAACUACAACCCUUGGGUGGGGAGUGCCAGGGGUCCCUCCAUCACCCCCGUCAAGACCAGUGGCGACCUUUCCAAGUUGGAUUGCGUCAAGGGCUUCGGUGUGUUUGACUUCAUCGGCGUCUGCGACUUCGCCUGUGCGAAUGGCUACUGCCCCAGCGCCGCCUGUACUUGCCUUAAGAAAGGCGUCGCCAAUGCGCCCAACGACACGGGACUGGCGGGCUAUCCGCUCCCCGGGAAGAGCGGCUCCUUCGCGGGGCUCUGCAGUUUCGACUGCAACCACGGGUACUGCCCGGACUCGGUUUGCGGUCAGCCUCCCAACAACGGCGUCGUCCUGGGCUACUCGCCUUUCUUGCCGCCCGCAUGCACGGGGGGAACCGGCGCCGGCGCCUUCCAGGGCCUCUGCGAUUUUGGAUGCCAUCUUGGCUUCUGCCCCAUCCACGCUUGCACCUGUACCUCGACCGGCAUCUUGGUUCAGACACCGCCCAAGACGAACGUGACGGGAUACUACCUCGACUCGUCCACAGACGACUACGGCCUCUGCAAGUUUGCCUGCGAACACGGCUACUGCCCCGAUGUCUGUGGCAGCCGACCCAUUGGCGACGACGGGAAUCAGAGCAAGUAUCACACCGUCACCCUGGAUCCCGCCGUCUGGACAGCGCCGACGGCCCAGUGUGCACCCCCCUGUGUCCUUGUCCUCCCCCCCUCUUCCCUCGCCACUCCGACCACCAUCUCCUUCAACCCCUGGCAAACAUCUCUCGAGUUCGGGUGGACGACAACGGAUACGGUUGACGGCACCGUGACGACCCACUACACUGCUGUCACCGUUACCACCGAGAUUUCCAUCCCGCCGGUGAUCACAGACCGCAUCAGCUUCUCGGAGGUGGUCCUAACCAGGACAGUCGACGGUGGCGUCCCGUCCAUCAUCAUCCCGACGGCGAGUGUCAGCCCGCCCCCCUUUGUCAUCACGCCGACUACCGUCGCCGGCAUCACAGCGACGCCCGUAGCCCGGACCAUCCGACCGCCUCCGUGGCCAUGGAGUGGCGCUAGUGCGAUGCCAGAUCCAAGCGGAACUUCUACGACGACCUCUACGAGUGGCCCUAUCGUCGUCGUUCCCAUUGUUAGCGGGCCGUUCCCCACCACCGUUUUCCCCACGGAAACCGCAAGUUGGGUCAGGGACUGGCUCCCAGAGCCCACUACGACCCAGGUGGAUGGUGGUGAUCCUGUUCCUGUUGUUCCCUGCUGGGCCUGGUUCAUAUGGUCGUGCCCUCCCAAUGUUGGUGGUAUCGUCUUGCCCGGCUUCAAGAAUCCGGGCGUCUACCCCAGGGGAGGCCCGCCGCCCGUCGGCCCCAACCCGCCUCCGGGUCUGACACUGAAAAUCCCCUGGCCCCAAAUCACCAUCGGCCCCGACCGCAAGCCCACGUACCCGGACAAGCCAGACCCGGAGGACAUCUGCGAGACGGCGACAGCCAGCGUGUGCACCACGACCCUCUCAUAUGGCAUUGUGGCCAAGCGGGCCGCCGAAGGGGCCGCCCCGACAGUGGCGCCUCGUAUCCCGUUCGAAGAGUUCCAGAAGCUCAACAAGCGGGCCGUCACCACGACGACAUCCACCAUCUCCUUCUGCACCCAGGUGACGGGGUGCGGCGUAAGCGACAUCACGUCGACGAAAAGCAUCCAAAGCACCGCCACGACCAACCCUCGCGUGGUUAUCCCUCGCGACCCGGGGAGCGUCAACGACAUCAGGACCGCUCUGCAGCAGCAGCUUUGGGGCUCCGUGAUGGAUCUCUUCGAGUCCAGGACGGACCAGCUGGGCACCAUGUUCUUCUUUGUCCCGGCUUUCACUGACGACCAGACCGCCGCCAUCCGGGGCCACGCGCAGGUCGCGGACGCCUAUAUCCCCAGGGGCAGCCUGACGCGCGACUAUUGGAACUUGGCUGGUAACCCGACCUCAGGGGGAGGACCAUUUGCUGGGGAUGAUGAUGAUGGUGAUGAUGAUUGGUUUAUGGAGACCCUGAACAGCACCAAAAGUGAAUUACAAGAGCGGUCCAUUCUUGCCAAGCGCAGCGAGACUGUCCAGUCGGAUUCGCCCGACGUCAUGGCCCUGCUUUCCUGGCCUCCCGGGAUGGGUCCCGUCCCAGACAGGGGAGAUUACAGGUUCGACUCGUCGGCGGGCGAGGGCACGUAUGUGUACGACCUCGACGUUGGCGCCAUGCCUUCGCACCCAGAAUUUAGCGACGUGUUGUUCCACCUCCCGCUGUUUCCGGGGCCGUACCCUGUGAGCGGCUGGAUGGAAAACGACCCCAAGCGGCACGGAACCAUGUGUCUCUCUAAGGCGGUGGGGAAGACGGUUGGCAUCGCGCGCAAGGCGGCCGUGGUGGCAACCGUGUGGGACUUUAGAACGUCCAUUUCCGAGCACUGGCUCGACGGGCUCGCCAAGGUGCACGCCGACAUAUCCUCCGGGGCGAGGGGCGCCAAGAGCGUCGUCAACCUCUCCAUCUCGAUCCCCCAAAGCUGGGUGUCGGCGGCGUUCGUGGACAAGAUGGCCUUGCUAAUUCGAGAGAUCAUCAAACUCGGCGCCGCGGUCGUCACGGGCUCCGGAAACGACCCAGGUUAUCCCUAUGGCUAUCCGGCGCUUUUCGGAGACCCCACCAACCGCAACUAUAUCCCAGAGCUUGUCGUCGUCGGGUCGGUUCUCGGAAAAGGCAUGGCGGGGGACAGACACUCCGAUGCGCCCUGGGUUACCUGCUACGCGCCUGGUUACUUCCUGCGGUUGGCCACCUCUGACCCAGAGACCGACGGGUACACCGACUCCAAGGGGACGUCGUUCGCCUCCGCAACGGUCGCCGGUCUGGCAGCGUAUUUCCGCGGCCUCGAUCCCACCUUGACCACCGCCGCCAGGGUGAAGCAGAGGAUUGUGGACCUUGCAUACCGCCGGCCGGUGAACCCCGCCUACCCCAAGAACAUCUAUCCCGACAAGGUGGUCUGGAACGGUCAGAUGAACGGCCGAUCCGUUGCCGGCGACUGCAGCAGCGGCGCCUCCAAGACAAAGCGGCAGAGCAGCGGCGGCGGGUCCUGUCCCGUCGCGUUCCCGCCCCAGGCGUCGCCCCUGACCUUCCGCACCGGCCCGCCCCAGCCGACUUGCGCUGGCAGAGGCUGCGGCAGCAGCUGCGCAGGCUUCUUCUGCCCCGGCACCCCGUUCAAGCAGAACCCUGACUUCCUGGACCCGCGCAACCCGGACAGCGUGCAGAACCCGGACAGCCUCUACUACAAGGACUGGGACGGCACCAUCACUCGCACCACCACCAUCCCCAAAACCACCACCAAAAUCACCCCCACCCCCACUCCAACGCCUCCCAUAAUCCCGGACGUCCCGAUCGGAGGCACCUGCGGGGUUAAUGACAAAUGCAAGGGUGACUGCCCCAAGGGCCGGCUCCUUGGGUGCGUGAAUGGAGUGUGCAAUUGCUACCUUGACCAAAAAAUCCCGCCUUAUGGGACAAUGUGCCAGAGGCUCAAGGAUUGCACAGAUGUUUAUUACUGUGCGCUUGGGGACACGAUGGUGUGCGAGACACGGGACUAUUCCAACGGGAAUAAGCUCUGUCUUUGUAUAAAAGGGCAUAGCAGUUGA